GCGCCCCCACCUGUUGCGGCUGCCGCGCUGCGCUCGGGGCGCGCCGGGCUGCGGAGAUGGGCCGCUACUCGGGCAAGACGUGCCGGCUGCUCUUCAUGCUCGUGCUCACCGUCGCCUUCUUCGUGGCCGAGCUGGUGUCGGGCUACCUGGGCAACUCCAUCGCGCUGCUCUCCGACUCCUUCAACAUGCUGUCGGACCUGAUCUCGCUGUGCGUGGGCCUGGCCUCCGGCUACAUCGCCCGGCGCCACACCCGGGGCUUCCGGGCCACCUACGGCUACGUCCGCGCCGAGGUGGUGGGCGCGCUCAGCAACGCCGUCUUCCUCACCGCGCUCUGCUUCACCAUCUUCGUGGAGGCCGUGCUGCGCCUGGCCCGGCCCGAGCGCAUCGACGACCCCGAGCUGGUGCUCAUCGUCGGCGCCCUGGGGCUGGCGGUCAACGUGGUGGGGCUGCUCAUCUUCCAGGACUGCGCCGCCUGGUUCGCCUGCUGCGGCCGCUGCCAGCGUCGCCGCCGCCUGAAGCAGCAGCAGCAGCAGCUGGCGGAGGGCGGCACCCGCGGCGCUUUCGGGGGCCUCCAGGGCGCGGAGGACGGGCGGCACGCGGCGACCCCGACAGCCCCCGGCUGGGACUCGGCCGUGACCCUCCGGGGGGCUUCGGUCGAAAGGCAGCAGGAGAAGGGGGCGACCGUGUUCUCAAACGUAGCAGGUGAUUCCCUGAACACCCAGAAUGAGCCUGAAGAGAUGAUGAAAAAGGAGAAAAAGUCCGAAGCCCUGAAUAUCAGAGGUGUACUUUUGCAUGUGAUGGGAGAUGCCCUGGGGUCCGUGGUUGUGGUCAUCACGGCCGUCAUAUUCUAUGUGCUUCCUCUGAAAACUGAGGACCCGUGUAACUGGCAGUGCUACAUUGACCCCAGCCUGACUGUCAUCAUGGUCAUCAUCAUUUUGUCAUCUGCCUUCCCACUCAUCAAGGAGACCGCUGCCAUUCUGCUGCAGAUGGUCCCCAAAGGGGUUAACAUGGAAGAGCUGAUGAGUAAAGUCUCUGCCGUGCCGGGAAUUAGCAGUGUACACGAAGUGCACAUCUGGGAGCUUGUAAGUGGAAAGAUCAUUGCCACCCUGCACAUCAAAUGUCAGAAGGACGAAGGAUACCAUGAUGCCAGCGUACAAAUCCGAGAAAUCUUCCACAAUGCAGGAAUCCAUAAUGUGACCAUCCAGUUCGAAAGGGUGGACUUGAAGGAACCCCUGGAGCAGAAGGACUUACUUUUGCUCUGUAGCUCACCGUGUAUCUCCAAGAGCUGUGCCACGCAGCUUUGCUGUCCCCCCGGGGCACUGCCACUGGCCCACGUCAAUGGCUGUGCUGAGCACAAUGGCGGUCGCCCUCUAGACACAUACCAAAGCGAUGGUCUCAUUAAAAGAGACACAGCAGAAGUGGCUAUUGAAAUGCCUUUGGACGGGUGUCUGAGGGACCACGGACAAGCUCUCAAAACUCAGGAGGACCAGUGUUAUGUCAACAGCACGCAUUUUUAAUCCGGCACCCCCGUAAUCAGACUGUACAGACAAGGCACUUUGGAAUUACCACCUUGGCUUGUGGAAAGAGCUUUGUGGAUGGUAGGCUCUGACCACACUUGCAGUGUGCACGCUCUGUGUUCAAUAGGGGUUGGCUGUUUGGGAUUUUGAUUGAAUGUGUCUGUUAAUUUAUAUGCAACUGAUAACUGCUUUCCAUUGCCCUGGGUGUCUCAUGCUGCUCUUGGAUACUUUUAGCUCGAAUAUACAUUUUUCUAAAGUGAACUGCACUCGUGUAAAUAUCAGGGACCUUGAAGGCUGGAACUCAAUGAUUGACACAGUAUUCAAAGAAGUUCUUGUUUUUAAACUGAUUAGAACUUCUAACUGACUCUCAGGUGAGCUCGUGGCCUAUAAAUACAUGGAAAAACACUGAAGUACCGUAACAGCUGUAUUUUUCCCAUCCUCUCGAAGAUCAUAAAAGUGGAAGGUUAAGUAUUUAUUGCACUGCAGAAAUAUCUUUUUUCUUUGAUUCAUUUUUGAAUAAAUGUAAAAUGCAUACCUAUUAAGGCAGAAAAUGUUCUCAGAACAUUAAAAGAGGUACAGUUUAGUAGGAAGGGGGCAGGAAAGAAGUGAUUUUGGACCAUCUCUUCAUUUUGUGAGAUGAGAGAAAACCAAUGUUUACUUUUUGCUGUGUACUGAACUAUGGCUAUAGGGUGUUUCAAAUGUUUAAAUAUAUAAUACACUUUUUCACUCGGAAGUCAGGGACUAUUUCUACUUCCUUAAGUACGACACAAGUACUUACACACUGUCUUUUGGAGU